GUCCUUCCGUGAGCGUUGAUAUGAUUGGCCGGCGGAAGAUAGUUCUCUUUUCCUUCCUGGCUGCUUGAAGAUCAGCCGCCAUUAUGAACGACACGGUAACUAUCCGGACAAGGAAGUUCAUGACCAACCGACUACUUCAGCGGAAACAAAUGGUCAUCGAUGUCCUUCAUCCUGGGAAGGCAACAGUACCUAAGACAGAAAUUCGGGAAAAACUAGCCAAAAUGUACAAGACCACACCAGAUGUCAUCUUUGUGUUCGGAUUCCGAACCCAUUUUGGUGGUGGCAAGACAACUGGCUUUGGCAUGAUUUAUGAUUCCUUGGAUUAUGCAAAGAAGAAUGAGCCGAAACACAGGCUUGCAAGACAUGGCCUGUAUGAGAAGAAAAAGACCUCGAGAAAACAGCGAAAGGAACGCAAGAACAGAAUGAAGAAAGUCAGGGGGACUGCAAAGGCCAAUGUUGGUGCUGGCAAAAAGAAGAAAUGAAGUGCCUAGCAGUGAGCUGGAGAUUGGACAACAGAAGGAAUAAAGACUCUGCAGUGACUGUGUCUGUGGUGAUUGUGCAGAUUUUUCAUGAGAGAGUUAAUAAACUAAGACUUUUUACAUA